ACUUCGCAACCUUCGCAACAACACUGCUGGCCUGCUGGCCAAUGCCUAAAUCGUUUAUCGUGCAGGUGCCAUAUUAGCAAAGAAGAAGAAGUAUGAAAGCACCAAACCAAAUCUAGUUCAUAACCUUUAUUCAGCUGAGCUUUGUUAGUUUAUUUAUGUGAUGUGUGAGAUUUCACCCAGUAAAUAACAUCGCGCAUAUUAUGGCUACAUCUCAAAAUACCUUCGGUACACCAAAAACCACAACAGGAAUUACUGGCUUGAGUUUUGGUACACCAACUAUGGCCACUGGAACUGGUUUCAGUCUCGGUAGUGCAUUGACUACAACGACAACAUCUAUAUCUACAGCAUCAAGUCUUCAGAGUUUCACAAAUCUCACAAGUAGUGUGACACCUGUGUCAGCUCCUGGACUUGCUUUCAGUGCUGGAACAGCAUCUGUAACUUCUGCAAACACAAGUUUCUCUCUCACACCAGCAACAACAGGAGGUUUUGCAUUUGGUGGUGCUAGCACAUCGAAACCUGUUACUGGAUCCACUGGAUUGUCAUUUGGUACUCCAAAUGCUCUGGCUACUGGGUUUGGUCUAAGUGGCACAGUUCCAACCACAACAUCAGCAGCAGCGAGUGUUUCUAGCUUUAAUCUUCCUACGAGUACAGUAGCUCCAGCAUCUGUAACACCAGGACUCUCGUUUGAUACCUCAAAAACAGGCGCUACCACAACUGCGAGUACAGGAUUUUCCCUCGCGACAACUACAGCAACAGGAGGAUUCAGUUUUGGAACUUCAGCAACUACCACCACUGGAUUUUCUUUGGGUAAAACAACUUCCGCCGCUAUUCCAACAAGUCUGACAGCUCCCUCUACUCAUACUUCUCUGGGAACUGCCACCACUGUUAGUUCCGCAACUGGUGUACAACCAGGAGCUAUUAAUUUCUGUCAGCUUGAAGAAUCGAUUAACAAGUGGACAUUGGAACUAGAAGAACAAGAAAAAGUAUUUGUUAAUCAAGCGUCGCAGAUUAAUGCUUGGGACAAAUUGUUGAUAACAAACGGAGAAAAGAUAGUCAUUUUAAAUCAAGAAGUUGAAAGAGUGAAAAUCGAGCAACAACAACUGGAACACGAACUGGAUUAUGUGGUUGGACAGCAGAAAGAGUUAGAGGAAUGUUUAAUGCCGUUGGAAAAGGAAUUGGCGUCUCUUUCUGUGUCGGAUUCCGAUCGGGAAUACACGUAUCGCUUGUCCGAGAAUCUUGACACUCAAUUGAAACGUAUGUCGGAAGAUCUAAAAGAAAUAAUCGAACACUUGAACGAAGCGAAUCGCGCCCAGGAUUCGAGUGAUCCCAUCGUGCAGAUUGGAAAGAUCUUGAACGCGCAUAUGAACAGUUUGCAGUGGUUGGAUCAACAGACCGCUCUGUUGAGUCAGAAAAUACAACUGAUCGAUCAAAUGCAUCAAAAUUUUCGGCAAGAGAGUGAACAGAACUUACAUUUAGCGUAUAAUUAGUCAUUGAUUUUAUAUUUGAAUUUUUUUUGUAAAAGUUACUUUUCUGAAUGUGGUAUAUAAUUAAAUUUGUUCAAUUGGUUGUG